AUGGCAAUUAGUGUUCCUGUUCCUCGUUCACCACACAAAUUAUCAAACUCUGGCCGUUCAUCAACUUCUCUAGCCGAACAACAACAAGAGACUCUUCGAUUUCAUAUUCAUUCUCUUUUGGCUGAACGAAUCUAUCCUACCAUCAAAAAAAUUCUUGUCCGCAUUCUGGCCGAAGAUUCUGAUUUUCUUAAUCAGGCAAUAACAUCUCUGUGGCGUUGGGUGAGAAAAAUUGGAUUUGUACACAAGCGAACAUCGAAAGUCGUUGUACCACUCGAUACCUCCUCAUUUAUGGCUGCACGUGCGCGCUGGUUUGCUGCUAUUCAUGAACUGCGCAACAAUGGCUCUAAGGUUUUUUGGCAUGAUGAAACAUACUGCAACAAAAAUGAAGAGAGACAUUUUGUAUGGACUGAUGAAACAACAGGUAUAGGUCGAAUGCGACAUAGGCAAAAUAAAGGUAUUCAUUAUUUCUCUUAUAUUUCAACUGAUAGUCUAUGA